AUGGCGGUAGCAGCACUGGUGCAGCACGGUUAUGCUACUCCUCCGGCCAGUCAAGCGCUGCGGGUACGAGAGGGACCCCUCAAGAUCAUGUUUGUGGGUGACUCCAUUACUCACGGACACGAAGGCGACUAUACCUGGAGAUUCCGCAUGUGGGAGUGGCUCAGAGCAAACGGCAUCUCAUUCGACUUUGUCGGUCCAUACACUGGGACUAUAGCUCCACUGGAAUCCAAACCACCACAGCCUCCACGCGCAAUCGAGGAUGGAGACCAAAAAGUCGACGUUGACUCGUAUCCGCGAGUUACCUGGGGAUAUCACAAGGCUGUCCCUCUCGACUUCGAUGCCGAUCACUUUGCGACUUCUGGAGAUCGGGCCGACAGAGUCCACAAGCUUAUUCAAAGUCGAGUUGAAGAAUAUGAUCCAGACAUGCUCCUGAUCUUACUGGGCACGAACGAUCUAUCCUGGGGAGGACUUUCUCCUGAUGAGCUUCUAGGGUACUACGAACUACUUCUCCAUAAUGCUCGGAAAGCAAAGCCAAACAUCAAGAUCGCCUAUGGUAAUGUACCAGGUCGAACUUUUGUGCGUCUUGGUCUUGCAAACAACAUCUUCGAAGUGAAUAACAUGCUUUCCAGAGCGUGUAAACGCUGGACCUCGCAUGAGUCUCCUGUGCACUAUGUUGACGUGGCAUCCGAGUAUACAUGCGGGCUCGAUUCAUGCACCGCAGCAUUCGAUGGACUUCACCCUAAUGAGUUGGGCGCGUAUCAGAUCGCUCGUGCUUUCUCAAAGACCCUUAUUGAACACUUCUCGCUCGGCGAAACUCCCAUCCAAGUGCCUGAUUCAGUACCCGAGCGCGAGCUUCCCGCGCCUACUAAUCUGGUCGCCACAAGUUCGCCCAUGGGCAUCAAAGUCACCUGGGAUAGACAUUUCGGGCUGACAGAAGGCAAAAUCAGGCAGCGUUGCCAAAGCGAGAAGGACUGGAGCGUGGCCUUUGCUCGCACAAAUAGAUGGGAUACAAUUUUGCCAGAAGCCGGCAUCCAAUGCGAGUAUCAAGUCAAGUCUUGCUAUGGCAAUAGCUGCGGCGACUGGACCCAGGACGUUGUCACUGCAAUAUCGGAUAGCGAUACGCCUCCACCACCCAUAAAUAUCCAAACUACUCCGACCAAACUUGGCUUUCGCGUAACCUGGUCGCCACCGGAAACUCACUGGAACAUUACUUCCUAUGCCAUAAAGUAUACAGUAGGUCAUCUCUAUCGAAGGUCUGUAUCUAUCUCCAGCAACUCACACAUCAGCAGAACAUGA